UGUACUCCAUGCGUGUUUUGAGCCGAAGUGGUCUGGUGAUAUUUUCUGUGCUUUUGCGAGUUUUCUGAUCAACAUAAAUGUUGAAAUAGUUUUUAGUGGUUAUCGUCCGUUUUGUUGGCGACAGACGCGUCCAAGUAGUCCUACAAAGUUACCGGAUGUUUUCCCCUAAUUUGUGGAAAUUUCUAGCAAGUAGUGUAAUUAUCCCGCCAUGGAGGGUUUGGAGGAGAAGCUCAACGGUCUGUCCAUCGCUCUGCGGUCUCGCCCGGAGGAACCCACCUACCUGCUGGACCUCACCCUGCAGCCGAGCGGGCUGCUGGCCGUGUCCUGCUCCAACUUCACCGUCCACCUUCACAACAAGGACACUCUGAACCUGCUGGGAGAGUAUCGGGGCCACAGAGGGCCGCUCUGUGGGGUUGUUUUCUCCCACACCUCCCCUGACCUCCUCUACUCUGGUUCUGCUGAUGGGACAGUCCGGGGGUGGGACGUCCGCCGCCCCGGGUCAGAGGCAGCCCAGCUGUUUAAAAGCGAUCCGUCACACGGCUACUGUAGCGUCGACCUGAGCUGCAGCGACUCGCUCCUGUGCGCCGGCACCGAGCAGGUGAACGAUGAAGACAGCUUCCUGGUGUUCUGGGACGUCAGGAAACCGGGUGGCGGGCUUCUCGGGGUGUAUUCUGAGUCGCACAGUGACGACAUCACUCAGGUGCGCUUCCACCCUCGAGACAAAGACCGCCUGGCGUCCAGCUCCACUGACGGCCUUGUUAAUGUUUUUGACCUGAGCCGGGGGGCGGAGGAGGACGCGCUGCUGGCCACCUGUAACAGCGACUCGUCUGCCGGCUCGGUGUGCUGGUCUGGAGCAGAUUACACCCAGCUGCUGUGCCUCAGCCACGACGAGGGGCUGCACCUGUGGGAUCUGGGUCAGCUGGACACAGAGGAGCCUCUUACCGUUUUCAGCACCUCUGACGCUCGCAGCGUGACUCUGCUGGGUGACGGCGGAGGCGUGGAUUACCUGGGUGGGGGGCGGUGGCUGGAGGAGGCCCAGAAGCUGCUGGUGGUCGGAGGGAAGAACAGCGGGGAUCUCCACCUGAUGGAGUGUGACGGCGGGGGGCUUCGUCUGCUGAGGAGCCUCGUGGGCGGCCACGCCUCCACGGUGCGCUGCUUUCUGUGGGACGCAGCGGGGGAGGCUCUGAUCACCGGGGGAGAGGACGCUCAGCUGUUACUGUGGAAACCAGGAGGGGAGGAGCUCGCGACGGGGAAAAGGGAGACCAUGAAGAGCGAAUCAGCUUUGAGACUCAAAUCCAGGCCGCAUAAAAAGCACGGCUACCAGAGAGAAAAGAAGCAGCAGAGCCGAGAAACUGAAUCAAAAUACUGACUCAUACUGACAUUUUACAUUCUGAGAGAAAUCACAUUUCAACUGGAAGUUUCCUCUAAACUGUUCUGUACAUAAAGAAUAUCGUGUGUACACAGCCCCCCAGGAGAGGAAAUCCUUCACACCUGGUGUUAACAUGUGGUCUGGAUUCUUUAUUUGAAUAGAGACAUUUGAUCCACUGGCCUUUGCUUUCACACCAGGUGUUAAUAAGUCAUCAUUUUAUCUCAGUUCUGCCCACACUGUGAUCAGAUGUCAAUGUGCAAAUGAGUUAGGUAGAGCUGCCUUAUUGGUGUAGCCUGGUGCAUCCCAUCGCAUCCCGACUGCAGUGGGUUCUCCGUGCAUUAACGCCUGCACAGAUAUCCAGAUUCAGACCGAACAUUAGUGAACUUGUCUCAAUCCUGCACCACAGUUCUAAGCAGGUAUGAGGUACGUUGAUGCUGGAAAAGUGAAGCUUAAAUACACUCAGAGUCAGAUUAAACCAUUUGAGUUUUGAAUGAGCUCAUUUUAUUUUUUUCAGGCAAUGAACACAAAUAAAACUACGCAGGGCAGCUCCAGGAAGAUCUCAGAAAACAAAACAAAAACUUAACAUAUUUGGAAAAAGAUUUAGUUUUCUCUUUGUGAAAUAUAAGUGCCAGUGGCAGUUUGACUGACGACCACGUCCUGCGUACUCUCCUGUUGGUACAAAUCAGUACGCUACCUGAAGAAACGGGCCACUGUGAAUCUAAACGUACUGUACUGCUGAGGUUUCUCUGAGAUUUUCAUUUUUAAAUCAAGAUUUUUACCAAAUCAAGCGUUAGUUCAGGCAGGUAACAAGUCACGCUCAACUGAUAGCUCAGCUGAUUCCUCUCUGAGCAUUCAUUGGCAAAUUCCAUAUAAGGUGCCUUAUUUAAGCUGCUGCAGCCUGCCUGCCCUGGCUGCUUCCUCUCCAAACAGCUCAUAAACAGUGUUGGGCAAGUUACUUCCACAAUGUAAUACAUUAUAGAUUACUAGUUACUGUCAUUUGAGAGUAAUUAGUAAUAUUACAAUAUGGAAUUGUAACUGAAUUGUAAUGCGUUACGCUACUUUUGAGUUACUGAGAUUCUGAUGUGCUGCAUUGGCAGGUUCUAGCGGUGCAGAGUUAUGUCCCCGGAUCGGAUGGGUCUGUCAUAAAAAUGAACCUUCUGAUUAAUAGCGGGAAAGACGCUGUGUGCGUUUACGCGCCCGGUACAGCGGCAGGUCGUUGAUUAUUUGACUCUCCCGACAGGAUCGGUCAGGAUGAGCUGACAGCAGCCUCUCUGAUCAGGAAAGUAAAUCGUUAAAGAAACACACAGCUUAUAGAAAUCUGUUUUUCGCCUUCUCUCUAACUGCUGUUCAACAUCGAUCAGCUCCAACUCCAACAUGAUCCGCUCAGUUUCAGUCACCACUGUUCGUAGCAAACUACACCAACGAAGAAGAAGAAACUCAACACAGUGGAAUGUAGAAACCCAGAAACACAGGCACCAAUGCACAAGGGUAAAUGCAGCAGUACCAGGCGGCCGGGCCGGAGUGGCAAUGACAGAGACGCCGUUCACUCUUGUUACAAGUCAGUGUAGCAGCAAAGUGAUUUUGAAGCUGUUUUAAGAUAAAAUUAGCACAUAAUGUUGCUUUAAAGCUGAUGUGAUUCAAUCUGCUGGAUCUUGUUACUGCAUCACAUCCUGAAAGUCACCGGAGCCGCAGCGGGAUCGUGUGUGACUCAGGAGAAAUCCUGACCGUUCACCGAGCUCACGAGAGAGACGUUAAAGAUUCUCAGUGUGGUGAAUCAGCGACCUCAUGGAGUUUUUAUUUACUGACGUUUUUACUGACCGCUCUGCAGAGGUGGAAGAAGUACUCAGAUCAUUUACUGAAGUAAAAGUACAAAAUUAUUAGAAUCAAAAUACCAAAAGUAAAACUACUCAUUAUAUAGAGUGGCCAAUUUCAGAAUAUUAUUUAUAACUGGAUUAUAAUUGUUGAUGCAUUCAUGUUGGUGAAGGUGCAGACUUUAUCUGCUCGGUAGUUUGUGAUUUCCUCCCCUGGGAUCAAAGUUUUUGUCUUCAUCUAAAGUAAAAGGAUAAAGUAGCAGAAAUUGGAAAUACUCAAGUAAAAUACAAGUUAUGUAAAAUUGUACUUAAGUACAGUACUUGAGUAAACGUACGUCACAGCUUUGCCGAAGCUACCUCCAAUUUAAAUUACACGUAGAUGAAAAUGUAAAGUAGUGAUAUAAUAUUGUGUACCAGGUGAAGCUUUGACGCCGCCAGAGUUGAGAAGAAGGUCUGUAAUUUUAAGUGAGAGUUUUUAGAAUGGAGGUUUGGAUUAUUAAGGCUGCUGAAGUUUAUGCAAGUACUCUGGAACAGCCUGCCUGAAGAAAGCAGGUCUGCUGAAUCAGGGAAUUCCAUUUAUUCCCUUCUUAAAACAUCGUUUUAUAGAAAAUUCUUUCCUGAUUUUAGUUGACUAUAUGUUUCUUUUCUUUGAACUGUAUUUUUAUUCCUUAUUAAAAAUCAGUCCUUGUUUUCAUCUGUUUCUUGUUUAUCUGCUUUAAAUUCAAACUUGUUUUUGCAUUUUCUGCCGUUGUGAAAGCACUUUGUGACACAGAUUUUUGGAAAGCGCUCUGUAAAUAAAGAUUAUUAUUAUUACUGUA